GGCACGGCGGCACAACGGCACCAUGCAGCGGGGCAGUCUGUUCCUGCUGGUGGGGAUCCUCGCCCUCUGGGCCGCGCUGCAGCCUGCGUCUGGGCAGGUCCCUCUAGAGAAGCCCGGGAGGUGCCCUCCUGACUACAUCCGGUGCAUCCAGGCCGAGCCGAACGAGUGCCUCCACGACCGCCAGUGCAGGGGACGGCUGAAGUGCUGCUACAACGCAUGUGCCUACCGCUGCGUGGAGCCUGUGCCAGGCCAAGCCUGAGGAGGAGGCAUCGCAGGGAGCAGGUCUGAUGCUGCCCAGCAGGAAGGCAAGGAGGACCCUCCUAUCCUCGACCUGGACCCGACAGCUCCUCCGUGCUCCUCCUUCAGUCUCACACCCACUUUCUGCAUCACCCGGCAUUGCCCUGAACCCAGCCCCAGCCCUGGGUUUGCUCCUCUUCGUGUCUGCCCGCAGCGGCACCAGGGGUUGGGCCCAGGGCCCGCUCUCUACCCCCUGCGCUCCCACUGCAGACGCUUCUCAAUAAAGAUGCUCCUUCCUGCAGCA